GAAUCCAUUUCCAACCGGACUCAUUCACAGCAAGGGAAUCGGACGCAGUCGCCGGUCAGCUGAGGCCCAAGUGUUUCCCAAAAACUUCGAAAACUUUCCAUUUCCUCUAACCAUGGCCGCCCUAACGAGAGGUAUCUUCAUCGUAGGAGCCAAGCGUACCCCUUUUGGAACGUUUGGAGGGAAAUUGGCCAAGCUCACACCAACGGACUUGCAGGAAAUUGCUGCCAAGUCUGCUCUUGCCGCAGCUAAUGUGAAACCUGAACUGGUAGACUCUGUGGUUGUUGGCAAUGUUAUUGGGUGUGCGCACACAGAUACCAUUUACAUCUCGCGUCAUGUUGGACUUCGCUGUGGAGUGCCACUUGAAUCUCCAGCCCUAACUGUCAACAGGCUUUGCGGUUCAGGCUUCCAGUCUGUGGUGAAUGGGGCACAUGACAUCAUUAUGGGUGAUAGCAAGAUUGUGCUGACCGGCGGCACCGACAGCAUGAGCAUGGCUCCCUAUGCUGUUCGCAAUAUUCGCUUUGGAACUCGCCUCGGAGCAGACCUGGCCAUGGAGGACACACUCUGGGCAUCCCUUACUGAUGCCCAUUGCAAGACCCCUAUGGGAGUAACUGCAGAGAACCUUGCAGCCAAGUAUGAUAUUACUCGGCAAGAUGCUGAUGAAUUUGCUCUCAAGAGUCAGAUGAACUGGAAGAACGCUCAAGAAAAUGGUCACUUUGAUGCUGAAAUUGCACCAGUCACUCUGAAAACGAAGAAGGGACCUGCAGACAUGACUGUUGAUGAGCAUCCCAAACCCCAGGCAACUAUUGAGGGAUUGGCCAAGCUGCCAAGUGUGUUCAAGAAGAAUGGAACAGUAACUGCAGGAAGUGCAUCAGGCAUUUGUGAUGGUGCUGGAGCUGUUGUCUUGGCAUCGGAAGAGGCCUGCAAGGAGCAUGACCUCAAGCCCUUGGCAAGGUUGGUGGGUUACUCUAUUGCUGGUGUAGACCCAACUAUCAUGGGUAUUGGCCCAGCUCCUGCCAUCAGGAAACUGCUCAAGAUCUCUGGUCUGCAGCUGAGUGACAUUGGCAUGGUAGAGAUCAAUGAGGCUUUUGCACCUCAGACUAUUGCAUGCCAGCGUGACCUUGACCUGGACCCUGCCAUACUCAACAUGAAUGGAGGAGCCAUUGCCUUGGGCCAUCCUCUUGGUGCUUCAGGCUCUCGUAUCACUUCCCACGUUGUGCAUGAAAUCAGGCGUCGUGGACUGAAAUACGGCAUUGGCUCGGCUUGCAUUGGGGGUGGUCAGGGCAUUGCUCUGCUGCUAGAAAGCCUUUAAGGGACUCCAUCCAGUUGCAUCCUUCCAGAUAAAAAAUUGGAAUUUCUCAGAUAUUAGCAUUUAUGCAUAAAUAAGAGCAUUUUAUUUUAAAUAUUAUGGUGGGAUGUUUUCAAAAUUCAGAAAGUGUCUUUGAUCCCACUUCAAGAUUUUUUGAAUGACACAUGCACCUAUCAAUGCAAUUUUUGUACAAGUUUAAUAUGUAUAGAAUUCUUUGUAUAAAUCCAGUAACUACAUUUCAUAUAUAGCUAUAUAAAUUCAUAAAUUAU